GUCAGUAGAUGGUCGAUGCGGUGACCCGGUGGACGGUGAUUCUUCAUCUCAUUAACUCUAGUUGUUUUCAGUUCCCAGCAGAUACCUACCUAGCAGAUUACUUUUUUGUCAAACGAAAGACUACGAAAUGAAUCCAGAAACUGAUGUCUCAAGAAUUAAUGCAGCAAAACUAAGAAUUUUAUUACUUUCGAUGAGACGUCAUGCAGAAUUGUAUGAUGAUAAGUCAAAAAAUAAUAACACGGACGACAUUUGGAAAAAAAUUGGAAAGGAAGUAGGAUGGCCAGAAACUCUUUGUAAAACUAAAUGGGAAAUUUUACUGAGUAGUUACAAGAAGUCUAGAGAUGAAGCAAUCCAAGCAUUGGGCGCUGGAUCUGGAAAACCAGGAAAAGAAUUUCUGGAAAGGUUUAAAACUUUCGAAUUCCUUGAGAAUACAGCUUUCGGCGAAACUGAAACUUUACCCAACAUUAACGAGGAAACGCAAAAUAAUCAAGAAUCCGAAUCAGACUGUUCAAACAACGAAGCAUCAGAAUCCGAUUUAUUAGAGGCAAUUGAGGGGGACAAACGUAAACGUCAAGACAGUGUGGAGCAAAAAAUACACUCACAGUCAAAAAGAAAACGAUUAUGUAAUGAAAACUGUUUACCGGAGGAAGACAAGACAAGACAAGAAGAAGCCAAUGCUGUUAUUGGUGAAUUAAAAGAAACCUUGCCACAGAAUGGUUCGCUGGAUCCAGCUAUGUCCCUGUUUUUCCGGAGUAUAAUUUCAAGUGUAGAGAGAUUUACUCCGAAGAUGAAAGCAAAAGCUAAAGGUGAAAUUAUGAACAGUGUGGCUCAGCUAGAAAUUCAAAAUAUUAAUGAACAGAGAAUGCUGAAACUCCUAGAAACCCCUGUGAAAUUGUAAAACCUUCAAAUUUACCAGUAUCAAUCUACAAAAUAUUAAUGAACAGAGAAUGCUGAAACUCCUAGAAACCCCUGUGAAAUUGUAAAACCUUCAAAUUUACCAGUAUCAAUCUACAAAUAAAUGGAGAUUUUCAAUUACACCUGGCAUUUGGAAUCAUAACUCAUAACAAGAUAAUUCUGUCAAUUUAAAGAGUUUAGUUUGUAGUAAAAUUAUUAUUAAUGCAUGUUUAGCAAUAUUUGAUUUAGGAAUAAGUUUUUAAGAAUUUCCUUUCAAUUAAACAAAUGGGAUUUCCUUUAUUUUAUAAAUAUGUAUUUCAUUUUAUUUUCAUAGCUUAGAUAGGUAAUGAAUUCUUUACUUAAGAAAACCGCCCUAGUUUUUGUUGUCACAUGCUAUAAAUAUAGUAGAGUAAAAAGAGACAACUAUUUUUCCUUUUCGUUUAGUAUUACCAAUAGUACCGACACCCUGAAUAUAAAGUUUUACGUUUGCAAUAGUGCUGUGUACCCAAGGUACCAAUGAGUCUCUACCUGGGAUGCCUGUACGAGUUGGACAAGCGGUUAGAAACAGUAGUCUUUUUUUACUUUACUUUCUUAUUUAUAGCAUGUCGCAUCUUCUUGUGCCUGCUUAACUUCAAUAAUAUCAGAUUUUAUAAAUUUUUCA